UGUUUCGUCAUGCCACAUAUCACAAGUGUCACGGUGAGCCUGCAGCCGCGAUCAUGAUCACCCCUCCUAGAAGGAUUCGCCGUUUCGGCAUGUCCCCAUGGUCCAAGAGUUUUCCUCAAGGUGGGGACAUGGAUGCCGUUGUGGGGUCGGGGCGUGGUGCACGGGCGGUGAAAGGCUUCUCAAAUUUGAAGUCCGCUAGUGAUGUCUUGCUGGAUCUGACUCCUGAGAAGCCGCCGAAGCCGAAGACGGCAAAGGAGGUGGGCCGGCAAAAGCGUCAGGAAAACCUCGUCCGGAAAGAUUCUCAAUUGAAAGAGGUCAGACCCCGACUCACCCAGAAAGCAUUCGAUCAUAUGGUAAGCUGUGUGAAAGAACAUGAGGGCCUGAUGGCUGAUCGGCGGAAACUCCAGGAGGUUUUGCCAAAGUUGACGAAAGCUCAACAGACGAUUGCAAUCCUGGAGCAGGCGUUAGCGAAGUUGC